AUGAACCAUAUUCACCAAUACGGCGUCUUUAGCGCCCUAAUGCAUGGCUUUUCCUCCGACGGCGCCAAAUUAUCAGAUAUUCUCUCAUCCUGCGACCAUGGCUUGGGCACCGUAUGCUCACUUAAUGGCGAAAUUAUUAUUGUCGACGGCGAAGCCUACCACUUCACCCCAGACAACAAACUGCACAGACUCAACGCAGAUGAUCGCAUGCCCAUGGUGGUCGCUACAGAUUUCAAACCCACUCUAUCCAAAGAGCUCUCCACCUUGAGCAUGGAUCAAUUGACACAAGCAAUGCACCCGUUCUUCCCCACCAAGCAAAACAACUUUAUAGCCAUCCGCGUCGACGGGAACUUCCGUUCCAUUACUUACCGUAUCGCUGGGCCUCAGCUCCGACCUAAAGAGCCGCUGCUGGAGCUCGCUAAGCGGCAAAUUUUGAAAUCGUACGAGAAUAUCGCGGGUACGCUUUUCGGCUUCUACUCACCGCCGUAUAUGAACGGCAUUGCGGUUGCCGGGUUCCAUUUACAUUUUUUGUCCCACGAUCGCACGGCAGGUGGGCAUGUGAUGGAAUUUGAAGGUGAAAAUGUCGUCCUGAAGGCGGCUGUUAAUACGCAGGUUCAUCUUCAGUUUCCGGAUUCUGAUGCAUUUAAUGAGGAGGCUAUUCUACCGGAGAGUGCGAGGGAUUUGCAUUUGGCCGAGUAA